GAUUGAUUCUUGAUUCCUUUUGCCGAGCAAAAACCCUUCGUUUUCGGCUCUAAAUUAAAUCCCGUUUCCAGGUUCUCGAGUUUCUCAGAAGAAUCCUUUUCGCGCUUCAGUUCCGCGACGGAAGUAGGUUUCGGUUGCGGUGGUUCCAAACUCACGUCGCGUGUGUUCGGGAGGUCGCCUAGUCAUUCUGAAGAAUCGGCAAGCUUUUGAUUUGUCUGAUGAAUUACAGGGUUAUACGAGAAUUCCGAGAAAUUAAAGCCGAAAUGAUAUUCCGGCGGCUUCUUCAGAUUUGUUGCAUAUAGUGUUGCUUACACUUUCAGAAUCUGAAUUUUGGGUUGUAGGGCAAUAACAAUUGUUCUAGUUCUUGUGAUGCUUUCACUGCUGUAAUGAUUUUAGUGCAUAUGUCGUGAAAUCUUUCUAGUUCUAAAGCAACAUGAGGUAAAGGCUUUUGACUACCAUGAUUCCGGGUAUAGUAUAUUAGGAAACUUUCCUAACCAGUUCAUCUCAAGGAAAGAAGUUUUGUCCAACGGUGUAAGCUGGGAGAAAAAAUGCCAAAGGUUAGAACGAAUCGGGUCAAAUACCCAGAAGGGUGGGAGCUGAUUGAACCUACACUUCGGGAGCUGGAUGCCAAGAUGAGAGAGGCUGAGACCGAUCCACAUGAUGGAAAAAGAAAGUGUGAAACCCUGUGGCCAAUCUUCAAAAUCUCUCAUCAGAGGAGCCGGUAUUUGUAUGACCUUUACUACAGAAGGAAUGAAAUAUCUAAAGAGUUGUAUGAGUUCUGCUUGGAUCAGGGAUAUGGGGACCGCAGCCUGAUUGCAAAGUGGAAAAAGUCGGGAUACGAACGUCUCUGCUGCUUACGCUGCAUACAGCCGAGAGACCACAACUUUGGGACGACUUGCGUAUGCCGAGUUCCCAAACACUUGCGAGAAGAGAAAGCCGUGGAAUGCGUUCACUGUGGAUGUCAAGGAUGUGCCAGUGGGGAUUGAUUGAUUUCCAUCUGGAUAGGUGCUUCUCGUUUCUCUUUCUCUCAUGUACUGUAAUGUAUCCAAAUGCCUAAAUAGCAAUCCAUUCUGUAAAAACCCUUUUGCUAAUUAUGAUGAACAGGGAGUACUAUAACUUGAUCCCUGAAUUCAACAAUUCCCAAACUGCGAUAUCGGUAGGCUGAUCGAUGUUGUUGUGAGGAUUUGAUUGCAGCAGAGAAUUCACAUUUCUUCACUUUGAUUCCUUUGAUCUUCCUGGUUCCUGAUUCAGAAUCCUCAGCAAGAAUGUGAUAAGAUUUGGGUGUCCUACAUUCUCAUGUUCUGAUGUUGUAACAUGUUUGUCCAGAGUUUUUGAA